ACAAUUUAUAAUGCUACUCUGUUGAUCUCACUCAUCGCUCUUUCACUUUCUCCAUUUGCUUUCAUUUCAGCGAUCAAUCAACAAUGGCCACCCUUUCGAUCCCGCAACCCGUCCCUUCCCCUGCUGAAGACGCUGAGCUUCUCCGCAAAGCCUUCGUUGGUUGGGGCACCGAUGAGAACACCAUUAUAUCGAUCCUUGCUCACCGAUCGGCAGCCCAGCGCUGCCUGAUCCGCCAGCAUUAUGCGCAGGUUUAUGGUGAGGAUCUUCUCAAGUCCUUGGACAAGGAGAUUUCUGGUGAUUUCGAGAGAGCGGUGCUGUUGUGGACUUUAGAUCCAGCAGAGAGGGAUGCAUUGCUAUUGAACGAGGCAGCAAGGAAAUGGCACCAUAGUAACAAUGUGAUUGUUGAGAUUGCUUGUACCAGGAGCUCUGAGGAGCUGUUUGCAAUCCGGCGGGCUUACCAUGCAAGAUACAAGCGAUCUCUUGAAGAAGAUGUGGCUGCUUAUACCUCUGGAGAUUUUCGUAAGCUAUUGGUGCCACUCUCAAGUGCUUACCGCUAUGAAGGAGCAGAGGUAAACAUGACAUUGGCAAAAUUGGAGGCUAAGAUACUUCACGGAAAGAUUGCAGAAAAGGCUUAUAGCCAUGAAGAAAUCAUUAGGAUUCUCACAACAAGGAGCAAAGCACAAGUUCUUGCUACUCUGAAUCAUUACAACAAUGAGUUUGGCAAUCCUAUCAACAAGGAUCUGAAGUCUGAUCCUAAGGAUGAGUUCUUGUUUACACUGAGGGCAGUCACACGCUGCAUGUCCACUCCGGAGAAGUACUUUGAGAAGGUCAUUCGUCUUGCAAUCAACAAGAUUGGAACCGAUGAGGGUGCUCUUACUCGAGUUGUAACAACUCGGGCAGAGGUUGACUUGAAGGUGAUAAAGGAGAUCUACUACAAGAGAAACAGUGUGCCCUUGUCUCGUGCAAUUUCAAAGGAUACUUCCGGGGAUUAUGAAGCAAUGCUGCUUGCUCUUGUUGGCCGAGAUGAUGCUUGAGUUCGGUGGAGAAGGAAGAGUUCAUUCCUGCAGGGGUGCUUGCUAUCUGUGUGAUAAUAAUACCUGUCUUUGCGGUGUGCUAAUCAGACUAUCAGUUGAUGUCCUAUGUGGAUUAUGAGUUAUGUUUGUCUAUGAAUCAUGCUGUUGUUCCUCUACUUGUGUAGACCUUUGUGCUAUGUAUGAGUUUUGAAUGCAUGAUUACCGUGUUCCUAAUAUUCUGCAGGAAAAACCUCCUUUUGCUUU